CGACAAUAAUAGUGUUGAAACAUUGCUCCGUUAUGGGUCAUGCAUUUGGAAACAUCUUGAAAAGAUUUUUAGUUCUAGGCUUUCUGUACAUGACAGGAUCUAGGACUGUUUCUGCAUCGAAUUCCAUCGGACUUUUCAUUUGUGUAACAGGUCUGGCAGUGUAUACUUUGUUCAACAAAAAUGAAAAUGAAAACUGCGCAGUCAAUAAUGAUCUGAUGACCAAAUCUACAAAUACAGCCAGGAACACGCUUUCCAUCAUAUGCAUAUCGGCUGCUACUGUAUUCAUGGUGUUUCUGGCAAACUAUGGAAUAACUGGCUACAUUAGUUCAAUGACGUACAGCCGUACUUUAUCUCUUUCAAAACCACUCAACUUUAGCAUCAACGAUUUCUUUUCGGUAGAUCUUGUUGAAAACCCAGAAGAAGCAAAUAAACUCUCUCCUUUACUUACAACAAGACCGGGUGUUAUCGAAGAAGCUCAAAGAAUACAUAAGAAUACAUUCAAGUCUUUGUUGGGCAAAUAUAAAUAUGCAAUGCUUUUCAAUUAUUCUCCGUCUGAAAAUAAAGGCGAUUCAGCUAUAGUUGUUGGAGAAGUUAUCCUUUUGCAUAAACUGAAUAUAAGUGUCGUUUUUGCAUGUAAAUUCGGUUGCACGAAACAGCGUUUAGAUAAAGCGCGAGCUAUAGGUAAGAAUUAUACGGAUAACGAACUUGUAAUUCUGUUUCAUGGUGGCGGGAAUGUGAUAGGUUGGCCGGUAGCGGAUCACUGGCGUUCAGAUUUGAUUCCACGUUUUAUGCGAUUCAAUAUUAUCAGGUUUCCUCAAAGUAUUUUAUAUAUCAAACCACAGUCCCAUAUCGAAUUUUGCAAGAAGCUGUAUGCAACGCACCCGAGGUUAACAUUCAUAUGGAGAGAUAAAACCUCAUACAUACUUGGAAAAGAACUUUUCCCUAAAGUGCGCUCUUUGUUGUCGCCCGAUAUGGCUUACCAGAUUGGACUUGUGCCUCGUUUCAUGCAACCAAUUUACGAUAUACUUUGGAUCAAACGCGGGGACAAAGAAUCACCAGUAUAUGAAACACCACAAGCCCCAAUAGGCUUAAGUAUGCACGUUUCUGAUUGGAUAAAUUGGAAAACACCGAGAGGCACUUCACCUAUGGAGGAUACGUUUCUUAUGACAACAAAUGGCAUGAUGUUUCUGCAGAGAGGGCGGAUAGUGAUCACAGAUCGCCUUCAUGGGCAUAUUUUAUCAACUCUCCUUGCCAUUCCACACGUCUAUAUAGACAACAAUCAGCGAAAAAUUUCUAACUAUCACAACACUUGGACGGCUGGGUACGAAAAAAUAUAUUUUUGGCCAAUUCUAGCUCGGAUGCUGUUGCAAAAGCAAGGCAAUUGCUGAUAAAGCUAGAUAAAGAUUUGCCUGAAAUAAAAGGGUUUUAUACUAAUACGGGUAAAUGAAUAUCCAGUGUAAUAGUAACUUAUUACAAGGUACAGUCAUGCUCCAAAUAUUUAUUAUCGACGGGCUGGUAUUAAGACAGAAAUUUUCUUUUAACACAACGAAAAAGACCAAAGCUUUUGAAUCCCAUGAAGGGUUUUUACCUUGUUUCCUUUACAAGCACUUGUACUGGCAUACUGAGAAGCAUCU